UCCUGCUUUCGCCAAGACAGUUUCCUUCAUUUAUGUCCGCCAGCAACCUAGACCUAAUCCCAUUUUCCUGGUUCUGGCUCUGAUCCUGCUUCAACUGACGGUCCGAACGUUUGGGUCCCGUUGGAUUGCCGGUAGGAUUAGGCUUGACAACGCCUUAAAUUCAACUCAUCAUUAUUAAACCUAUUUUUAUUUUAUUCUUAAAAAGGGAAGAAUACAGCAUAUGAUCAAGAUGCUUCCCAUUCAGGUACGUCGCAAUAAUAACCGAUCCCGAUAAGAUUCUUAGCGACACAACUUUGUUUUAUUUACAAACUCAAUCCCAUUUGAUUUUCAUCCGAAAUCCCCUUCUAAACCGUUAAGCUCGCCGUGGCACGUUCGACGGUAAUCGUUCAAAACUGAUAUUUGAUUAUGAUUUAGCCCGAGUCAAACAUGGCCAACGCCAUGGCGCCCCAAGCUGACAGCAGGAUGUAUGCCCGAGAGCACCGCAUCACUAAGGGCGGUAGGCAUCUAUGGUACCAAUUGGAAGUUCUGCAGCAGCCCGAGCGUGCGAGAGCAUGUGGUUCUGGUCCCAAAUCUUCUGCCGAUCGUCGGCCUGUUGACCCGCCGCCUGUUGUCACUUUGAGAGUCUUUGAAGGAGAGCAUUUUGAAGGAGCAAGAGAUAUUACAUUCGAUUACAAUGUCGACUUUUUCUGUUACGCAUCGCUUGAGCACGCGCGUCCCAUGGCUCACGGAAGGGUACAAACUCCCGCGGCUACGUCACCUCCCGUUCUAACUGGAUUUCCUGUGUCGGGAUGCUGUUAUCUCGAUAGACCUGACCCGGCUGGUUACUUCUUAUUCCCGGAUCUUUCAGUUCGACACGAAGGACGCUAUCGACUAGUGUUUAGUCUAUAUGAGUUGAUUAAGGAGGAACAGGACCAGGACCGCGAUGCUCCACCCCAGGAUCACGAAGAUGGCAUGUCGGAUUUGAAUGCGGGAAAUGCGAACCACCGCAUGGAUCUUAGAUCGACCGACUUCAUUGUCUAUAGCGCGAAGAAGUUCCCUGGCCUGACCGAGAGUACGUCGCUGAGUCGUACCGUUGCAGAGCAAGGUUGCCGUGUCCGUAUCCGACGUGAUGUGCGCAUGAGGCGACGUGACACGAAGGCAAAUGCUGCCAGUGAAUACGACAAUAACGCAGAAGACGAAUAUGCCAGGCGUCGGAACCGAACACAGACUCCGGAAACCUACCGCGCCCGUUCCAUGAGUAAUUCUAGCAUGGAUAGAGCCAGCUACGUUCCGGAUCAUCAGCGACGUCCCUCGAACGCCGAGUAUGGCCCGCCUCCUCCCCCUCUGUACCAGAACGGCGGCCCCCAACCUUCGACUAUGCUUAACUUUGGUCAUGGCGGAAACGCUGGUUUCGCUCAGCCCUACGGACCUGCGCCGACUUCUGGUCAAUCUACACCAGUGUCUCCUGCUGCGCCCAUGUUUCCCCAGAGUAACAACUUCCCGCCUCCACCGCCAUCACCUAGUUAUGUAAACCCUGGUUAUCCACAUUACGACUCUGCUAGCGAUCAGGAGAUGAGAAGACGAUCGUCGGCGAGCUACUCGACUAUUUCUAAUAACCCUCCUGCUCCAUAUCCUCUCUCCCGAGCUCCCCCCAGGCCUCCUACUGCGUCAUCUAUCGGACCUAUGCCUUCUCUCUCGUCGCUAGUGAACAGCCCGAAGAUGUCACCAAGCCACUAUUCCGACCGAUCCUGUUCCAUAUCAGCACUUUCUAGGCCUACCUAUGUCCAACCCGAGCCGCGUUCCAUGAAACGUUCUAUCGAUGAGCUUACGACGAGCACUCAGCAAGGCCGCAAUGUUAAUGGCGAUCGCCCGUCGAUCGACUAUCCCGGGGUCCCCUUUUACAGGCGUGCCGAUGGCUCAGAAAGAACAGCCGUCUUCCCCGAAUCUCUCACGUAGUAAUUCUAGCAUGUUCAUGGAUGUUACGAAUGACCAUGCUUAGGGUAUGUUUGCAUUGGCGUUAAGCGUUUAACGGCGCCAAUGGUUUUUUAGGCCCUCGCUUUUGUAUAUAUUCCAGGGCCAUCCUCGUUGCUGGCGCUUUUCCUUUCUUUUGUCUUCGCCAUUUGAUCCCAUCACUCAUUCAUAUUGUAUACACCAUUCCAGCAUAUUAGACAUCUAGUUACGAGAUGCCUU